AUGUCCUGUCGAGAGUCUCAUGUCGUGUGGUUCAGUCCGCCCGGAAUAUCGCAGCCGACCGUCCUCCGGUCCUCGUCUAUCCCCACCAACCUGCCGUGGGCCUCGCUCUGGAACAACGUCAAUAAUUCGUCGCAUGGACAUCUGCGAGCGCACAUGACGCCGCAUCAGCAGCAGUUGCGACUGAACACGUCGCCGUCGAUUCUGACGUCUUCGCGGAUUUCCUCGGCCUUCCGACCACUUCAGAAGAGCAGCUCGGCGUUGCCACCGCCUGCGACGUCUUCUGCGGCCAUCAAUGAAUAUCCGCGGGGCUUCCAGCCCCAACAGAUUAAUCCCAUCAAGAUGAGGUUGAUAUUUUCUUUUUUGUUUAAGUCUGGGUCGUUCUGUCCUUUUUUGUUUUAUGUCUAUUGAUUUUUCAUUUGAAAUCUUGAGAGUCUCUCAAAUUAUUUAAAAGUCUGCAUUUUACGCGAAUUCAUUUACAACAGUACAAUAGUGAGAAAUAGACCUGUUAACGCUGAGAAUAGCUAGUCGCACUCAUGCUUCCAUUUUUUUAACCAUAUGCGAACACGUAAGAUUUUUUGAAUACACCUGAAUUCCAUUGAAAGCUGAGAAAAUUUCGUUUUCUUUUUACGUUAAAUGUUGUGUGUGCUUCGCUUUUUGUGUUGCUCCAUCGUAUGUCAGAAAUUUUUUUGUUAUUGUUAGCUACCGUCUUCUCUGCCAUUUAUUUCUUCUUUCCUUUGCUAAGGCCAAGCGCCGAAAGAAACAAAAUUCAACGGUAGCAUUUUGCAGCCGGUGGCAGUCGAAAACGGUGACGGAGAGCGAGGCGGAACGACGCAACAACUCUCGGAUGCAAAGGCAGCACCGACGCUCCACCCAGGGCGUCACAAAAGUAUUUUUCCUUCCAAAUUUGCGUGUUCUAAAGAUUGGUUGUCUGCAGGAACAGUUGGAAGAAGCGAGUCGGUUGGCCAGCGAGGAAACGGCUCGUCGCCAUUCCGCAGUUUCCAGCACUUCAGCUCCGUCUUCGGUUUGGCUUCUUCGUAGCUUCAAAUCAAAAGAAAAACAUUCAGGCGAUUGUUCGCUUGGCUUCUGAGGAACGUGACUUGACCAACAGUGAGAGCGAAAGAUCUCAACCGGAAAGAGGUAAGCUUUUCAAUAUAGUCCUUCUGUGAUAUAAAUUUAGUGUUUAAUAUAAAUAUAGUAAUAUGUCCUGAAAGACUCAAAACAUGCCAAAGAAAGAUCAGUUUAAUAUCCUGAAUCUUUAGUUAUUUUUCACUCGAUAAAUCCAAAAAAGCGAUCAAGUUAAUUUUCAAACCUUUACAUGAUUCAGAUGAGAAGAAGAAACUAAUUCUCAGAAAAUCUUUAUUGUAUUUUACCACCUCAUUAAGUUUUAGAGUUUUGAACAGAAUAUGAUUAAAAGCAGAUGGUUGAUUAAUUCUUACUUGAUAAAAUUUUCUGACGGAAACUGAGUUAAUAAUGAUUCAUUAUUCAGACGGUGACGUGAGCGCGACGGCUUCUGUACCACUGAACAGCAUGUCCAACAAUCAAGCGAAUGUCCGACGGAAGAGUCAAGUGAGUCGUCGUCAGAAGUUUCUCGAAAACCUUAAGUGUUCCCUUAAAUGGUUAUGUUGCUCAUAAACAGCCUUGCUGUGUCUACUUUGUUACGUUUUUUAGUUAUCUUCAAUUUAUCCGCCUAUUCUUCCCCGUUGAUUGGUUUUGAAUUAUUUGUAUGAAAAUAGUUAUAGAAUGAAAACUAAAAUUAGAUUUUUUUUUUUUGAUAUGGUAAAAAAAAAGUUGAAUGAUUAAAAUUUUGCGUUUUCAUGUCACCUCUGUUGGUUAUGUUGAUUUGGUUGUGUAGGCGUUGUCGUUCUCGCGGACGAAUCGUCGCGGCACUGGUCCUGUGAUGGCGGACGACGUGGUGCAGGCGGCGGCUCUUCGGACCAACGGCGGUCAUGGCGAUAUCGCGUCUUCGCCGACCACUCUUCGACUUGCUGCCGUCUCGGCGACGUCGCCCUCCACCUUCUCUUCGACUUCUUCUUCCUCGGCCACCACCCCUCGUGCCUACAUCUCUGGAACUUCUAUGUCAUCCGCUGCUUCUCGAUACUCAAACGGCGAAGACAAGGCGACGUCCCUUCCACCGUCUUCCCAUACGGUUUGUAGCUUCGCUUUUUCUGUUUUGUUUUUCCUUUGCUUUCGGUAGCGCUGCUCAUUAGAGGAAAACAUUUUUUUCAUAAUUAAUUUCUUAUUUUUGAGCUUUUUCUUCACUUUCCACUCGCAAACUUCAACGCUUUUUGUUAUGUCAGGCCUCGUCCAUAUUACCUUUUUGUUUUGAAAUAAGGAUUAGUGUUGCUUUCCGUUUGCUUUUUGCUUUGCCUGCAUCACCAAUAGAGACUUUUUUCUAGCUGCUUUAAAAAAAUAAUUUGAAAACGGAAAGUUUAUAAUGAAUGGAAAGCCUCGAGUGUUUCGGAAAGUGUCGACCAUUCGAGGCGCAAAGUGGGCCGCCAGUGACGCAGUAAGCCUGACUUCUUGUGUUUUCCACGCAACGGCGAAUCUCUCGGCCCACUUGAUCCGAUGCUCUCGGCUCCCGUUUUUUCGAUGUUUCACUCAUCUCUUCACUCACUUCGAAACCAUGCUGAAUCGUUCCUCGCUGCUCCAAUACGGCUCUGCUUCUUCGCGCUCCCGCUCCCUGCAGAAGCGAUCUCGUUCCCGAGCCUUCGGAUCAAGAACUUCUUCUGCCUCUUCUAUCAAUAGCACCUCUUCGUCCUUGCGUGCAUACAGCGCAGAACGAUACGCGGUAUUGUGCGUUCCCUCGUCUACAAUCUCAGUAUUGAGAAUGCAUGCGAAACAGCCACAACCGUUCCCAUUCAUUCUUUCAACAAACAAAUUUUAUCUUAGUCAGAAAAGUAUCCCAAAAGGUUUCCUACGUUAAUGCAAUCGCUGGAAAACUUUUAUAUUUUUUUUCAAUUGUUGAAGUAAUUUCUUUCGAUUCAAAAUUGAUAAGAAAAACUCUUUGUGAAAUUUCAUUCUCUCAAAAAGUUAUAUUUUUUUGAUUGAAAAAAACCUUUUACGUAUUUUUUUCUAUAACUCUCAAAAAAAUUUUUGCAGAGUUCCGUGGCUCAAUCAGCCGCGUCGCAGAGAAGUGCAGUAGUUGCUGGUCUUUCCACGGCCCCCAGUUCGGCGCGAGUCGUCACUGCGACUUCUCGCUUCGGACCGACAAAUGUGUCGACAUCCACGCCUUCUUACCUCGCUCAGGUUUUCAGAUGUCGAACUCAGUUAAGAAAUUUCCCCUUUUCUCAGUCUCGGCCCACGGAAACUAACCUCAACUACAAGGCGCUUUAUGAGAAAGAACGUGCCGAAUGCGAUAGACUCCGCAAGGAGGUCGAUGAACUUCGCAGGUCUAACGAUGUGAGUUAUUUUUUUUCGUUGAGUUUUCGCUUUUCGUAACUUUGAUUGGUGGUUUUUUUUAACAGUCAAAAAAAAAUGAGAACGAGUAAAUUUAUAGCGUCCUUCGUCGAACUCGACGUCGACGAGUAACUGGCGACUGCGGAACACGUCGCCGUCGUCGAACGCCUCGGCGAGUCUGACGGUCGCCAAGUCUUCCUCUCUGGCCUCCUUCGAUGAGAGCGAACGACGAAGCAUGGAACGUCGAAUCACGGACCUCGAGUCCCAACUCAAGGUCAUCCGCUUCUCUGACCUCCUGAUCAACUUUGACUUGUUCCAGGAACUGAAGAAACUUCGAAAUGACAACGACCGACUCAAGGAGGAAAACGGGGCUCUCGUUCGUGUUAUAUCCAAAAUGACGUCAUAA